AUGCGGUGUACUUUUAGUUGGUACCUAUGCUUGUGUCCUUGGGAUGUUUGGUACUUCUCUCUUCAGAUACAAUCUUUGGAGGAAAGUGCUGAAACAUUAAGGGAAAGAAGUCUAAAAUUUUACAAAGGAUGUCGCAAAUACACUGAAGGACUCGGUGAGGGAUAUGACGGGGACAUUGCCUUUGCAAGUGCCCUUGAAACUUUUGGUGGGGGUCAUAAUGACCCUAUUAGUGUAGCUUUUGGAGGCCCUGUUAUGACAAAAUUUACAAUAGCAUUGAGAGAAAUUGGAACAUACAAGGAAGUUCUUCGAUCACAGGUUGAGCACAUGCUAAAUGACAGAUUACUGCAAUUUGUCAACUUCGAUUUGCAGGAGGUCAAGGAAGCACGGAAGCGCUUUGACAAGGCUAGCCUUCUUUAUGAUCAGGCUCGUGAGAAGUUUCUAUCACUGAGGAAAGGCACAAAGAGCGAUGUGGCUGCGAUUUUAGAGGAGGAACUUCAUAGUGCAAGGUCUACUUUUGAACAAGCUCGCUUCAAUUUAGUAACUGCUCUUUCAAAUGUCGAAGCAAAGAAGAGGUUCGAAUUCUUGGAAGCAGUCAGUGGAACCAUGGAUGCACAUCUUCGUUACUUCAAACAGGGGUACGAGUUAUUGCAUCAAAUGGAGCCAUACAUUAAUCAGGUCUUGACUUACGCACAGCAAUCAAGAGAGAGAUCCAACUAUGAACAGGCGGCACUUAAUGAGAGGAUGCAAGAGUAUAAAAGGCAGAUUGAUAGAGAGAGUAGGUGGUCUUCCAAUGGUUCCAAUGGAUCUCCAAAUGGAGAUGGUAUUCAGGCCAUUGGUAGAAGUUCACAUAAAAUGAUAGAGGCAGUUAUGCAAUCUGCUGCAAAGGGAAAGGUUCAAACGAUACGACAAGGUUAUCUUUCAAAACGUUCUUCAAAUUUGAGGGGAGAUUGGAAAAGAAGAUUUUUUGUUCUUGAUAGCCGAGGAAUGCUGUAUUAUUACCGAAAGCAGUGCAGCAAAUCAUCUGCGUCUGGCAGUCAACUUUCUGGUCAGAGGAACAGUUCUGAGCUUGGAUCUGGGUUGCUGAGUCGGUGGCUAUCUUCUCAUCAUCAUGGUGGAGUACAUGAUGAGAAGUCUGUUGCUCAUCAUACAGUAAACCUGCUUACAUCAACAAUUAAAGUUGAUGCUGACCAGUCAGAUCUGAGGUUUUGUUUCAGGAUCAUUUCACCAACAAAGAAUUACACUUUGCAGGCAGAGAGCGCUCUUGAUCAAAUGGAUUGGAUUGAAAAGAUCACUGGAGUUAUUGCCUCAUUACUUAGUUCUCAGGCUCCUGAGCGGUGUCUGCCUGCUAGUCCCAUGGGAAGUGGUCACCAUCGAUCUGCUAGCGAGAGUAGUUCAUUUGAAAGUUCUGACUUCGACCACAAUACUGCUGAAGAAUAUCCAUUAGACAGGAGCCUUGUUGGUGGACAUCAUGAACGUCCAUUGAGAAGUUCGCAACAGCAACGGUCCAAUGUUAAAAGCGAGAAGCCAAUUGAUGUUUUGCGAAAAGUAUGUGGGAAUGAUAAAUGUGCUGAUUGUGGUGCCCCUGAACCAGAUUGGGCUUCCUUAAAUCUCGGGGUUCUUGUUUGCAUUGAGUGUUCUGGUGUUCACCGUAAUCUUGGUGUUCAUAUAUCAAAGGUAAGAUCGCUUACUCUUGAUGUAAAAGUGUGGGAGCCUUCUGUUAUAAGUUUGUUUCAGUCUCUGGGCAAUACCUUCGCUAACUCAGUAUGGGAGGAAUUAUUACAAUCAAGAACUGCGUUCCAGGUUGAUCUUGUCACAACAGGCUUGUAUAAGGCUGAUAAACCACAGCUACUUUUUAUGGGCAAACCUGGUCAUGCUGAUUCUAUAUCAGUGAAGGAGAAGUAUAUUCAUGCAAAGGUGAAAAAGGUUAGAGGUAAAUUGGUGAUGCCUGUAAGGAGAGAAAGAAAGGAACUAUAUGGCAUUCCUUGUGGCCCAUCGUUGACCCUUGCCAAAGUGAUGCUACUGCAAGAGCACUCAAACCAUGACCGUGGUUCUAGCUGCUUAAGGGGCGAUUCAAUUGAUAGGUCUUCCAGUAGUUCUUCAAACUUAGCAGGCACAAAUGAAGGCCAAAGCAUGGAGGAUUUAGAUGGCUGUACCUUACUGCACCUUGCUUGUGAAACUGCAGACAUUGGCAUGUUGGAACUUCUAUUACAGUAUGGAGCAAAUAUAAAUGCGACUGAUGCAAGUGGUCAGACGCCACUCCACCGCUGUACUUGCAGAGGCAAGGCAGCAUGUGCAAAACUGCUUCUAACAAGGGGAGCUGAUCGGCAGGCUUUAAAUGGGGAUGGUAAAACCCCUCUCGAGCUUGCAGUUGAGACAAAUUUCAUUGAUAGUGACGUCCUGAAUUUGUUAUCAGACUCAAGUGGGUGAAAACCAAUUAUACUAAAUUGGAGGUGGAAGCUUUAAAGAUUGACUGAGGGUAUUGGUUUUUGCAUACUUAUAUAUGAUGGUGAUGAUGAUGAUGAUGAUGAUGAGUGCUGGUUCUCCAUGAAGGAGAUGUCACCAUCAGCUGUGUCCAAAGGAGUGAGUUUAUAGGAGAUGGAGUGAAGCGAUAGAUUGGAAUGCUGCCCCAUGGGCAUAUGAGAAGAUGAUUGGCCCCUUGAGGUUGUAAUUUAAAAUGGCCCCAUUAUUUUUAAGCAGAGAGGCUUGAAGCUUUCAGCCAUGUGGCCAUGUAAUAUGUGUUUUGUUAAUCAGUUUGUGUUUUUCCCCACCUGCUGAAGCUGAAGAUGUGAGCAUUUAGACUGGGGCAUUGUUUGUACAUUGGUUUCCUUCAGUGAAGCUUCGAUGUGCUUGUGAUUUUUGGAUGCGCUGGAAAACAACUCAGACAUGUUUAUGUUUUCCUGGCGAGCUUCUCGAUUAAGUUGAUCAAACUGAAAGUAUUAUGUCAUUUAUCUGAGUUGGUAAGUGCUUGUGUG